GUUCACAAAAAAGUAGUACGUACUCAUAGUAGAGUUAACUCUCCCAAUUCAUCUCCAUCGAUCGAUCAGAAACAACAAAAAGAAAGAAAAACCCCUUUCGCAUCCAUCGAAACCCCCGACCAUGGCCUCCUCAGACUCAUCCGAACCAAUCAAACCCUACAACCUCCAACAAACCCUUUCCGGCCACAAGCGCGCCAUCUCCAGCGUCAAAUUCUCCCCCGACGGCCGCCUCCUCGCCACCUCCUCAGCCGACAAAACCGCCCUCAUCCAUUCCACCACCUCUUCCUCCUCCUCCUCCCCCUCCCUCCUCCAGGGCCACGACGAAGGCCUCUCCGACGCGGCCUUCUCCUCCGACUCCCGCUACCUCGCCACCGCCUCCGACGACAAGACCGUCCGCAUCUGGGACCUGUCCACCGCCUCCCUCGUCAAAACCCUAACCGGGCACACCAACUACGUCUUCUGCGUCAACUACAACCCCCAGUCCAACAUGAUCGUGUCCGGCUCCUUCGACGAGACGGUUAGGGUUUGGGACGUGAAGACGGGGAAGUGCCUCAAGGUGCUCCCAGCGCACUCGGACCCGGUCACCGCGGUGAGCUUUAAUCGGGAGGGGACGCUGAUUUGCUCAAGCAGUUACGAUGGGUUGUGUAGGAUUUGGGACGCGUCGACGGGGCAUUGUAUGAAAACGCUGAUUGAUGAUGAGAAUCCGCCCGUGAGCUUUGUCAAGUUCUCGCCCAAUGGGAAGUUUAUUCUUGUUGGGACUUUGGAUAAUACUCUGAGGCUUUGGAACUUCUCAACUGGUAAAUUUCUGAAGACCUACACUGGUCAUGUGAACUCAAAGUACUGCAUUUCGUCAACAUUUUCUGUGACGAACGGCAAGUAUAUCGUUAGCGGUUCUGAGGAUAAUUGUGUAUAUCUGUGGGAACUUCAGACACGGAAAAUAGUUCAGAAAUUGGAAGGUCACACUGACACUGUCAUAUCAGUUUCAUGUCACCCCACCGAGAACAAGAUUGCUUCUGGUGCCCUUGGAAACGACAAAACUGUGAAGAUCUGGUCUCAAGAUGAAGACUGAUUUUUGCAUGGUAAAAAGGUUUUUUUUUAACAUGGCUGCAUCUGCUCGGGAAGGACAUACGACAAGUUUUGGAAAAAGAUUAAUGGAGAAAGAUGAGAUGUUUAUGUUGUUCUAGAUUGAAAGGUGUGCUUAUUAGUCUGAUCAUCUUGUUGAAGUUGUCUCUGUUGGCUUCAUUUAGGUACCUCUCCUUUCAAGCUAAUGUAUUUAGGAUAAAUACUGAUUUGAUAUCAGUACUGAUUGUGUUGUUAUGCUAUUGAAGCAUCUAUGGAGCCUUGUGUGGCAUCUGUCCUUGUACUCGAGAAAAUUCGUAGGCUACUUGUUUCAACUUGAUGAUAAUUUUUUCUUUAGUGUUUGUCAAGUGUCUGUAUAUAUUUGAAAUGAACAGAAUCCCGUCACUAUGGACUCCAUUGCUUGAUUUGCUUUCUGAACUGGAUUGGUCUUUCUGAU